AUGUCUACGGCCUCGUCGUCCUCACAACCUCUGACCUUCCCUCCCGUGCCCGUCUCCUCCACCCUCGCGCACCAGAGCCUCCGCCUGCUGGAGCUACCGCCUGAACUGCUCGACGAAGUGGAGACGCAGAUCAAGAAUCCGAGUAAGAGGCGGAAACUGUGGUUAAAGUCGUCGGUGGACAUUGCCCCUUCAACUCUGGCACAGGGACAACGACUACUGCAGAAAGGGUUCAGCGGAGGAGGAACAACAUCUGUGCGGGAUGCAGAGGGAAAAGAAGGGUUUCUUCAUCUCUGCACCGACGACAAGAUCUGGGCUGUCAAGCAGGUCAGCACGAGUAAUAGCGUCUACAUCACGCAGACGAGUGACUCGUCUCACGGCCCGCGGGCCAACGACAAAGGCCGAGAUGAAGGCGGAGACGGAGACACCUCUAUGGCUGGUGUGGAUGAGGAUGGUGAUGAGGCUACCUUGGCCAAGGCUGCUGGUUCUAGUACCAGAGGUGGUGGUAUCACGACACGAGCACAAGUCAGAAAUGUUCUCGAGUUGAUCAAGGUGGAACCGGACGAGCGAGAGAUUGAGAGAAGAGUUCAUGAAUUGACACCCCUAUAUCACGACGUGGAUGAUGAUGUCGAUCCUCUUGACCGCAGCCGUAUGGGGAGUGGGACCAGGUCGAACGGGGCUGAGGGAGUAUCACCGAGGAACGUGCUGGACAACAUUCCCGCUCCGACGAGGCUGAUCCGGGAUGUGAUGAGGAAGUCGUGUGUCUUCCAGCUGCCCCAGCCGACAGCGCCAAAGGGCGAGGAAGACAAGAAGAUGGUCUACCUACCCACGCCAACCUUGCUACUUCGGCGCUGGAAGGACUUCCUACAGCAAUGUACCAUCUCAGGCGUCAAACUCGAAAAGAACGACCACGUCCUCCGCGGAAACAGCCUCCGUGCUGUGCUUGACGGGCUGGUCGAGACAGAAGAGUCGGACGUGGGACGUGCUCUGGCUCUGAAUGUCACGCUGGCUAUCUUACGCCGACUUACAGACGAGGUGGCAGACGACGGACGGGACCCCCAUACCUGUGAUGACCCCUCGCUACUCGACAUGGACCUGAGCAGCCCUGACUCGAUCAGCGAGGACCAACUAGUCAAUACGAAGCUAAAAUUCAACCCCAGCCUCAGCCGCGACGUGGUUGGACAGUGGCUCCUCUCGUCCUACGCCCGGAAACGGUCACUUGUCCCAAACUCCUCCGCCGACCCGUCUCCUGCCCAAGGGGGACUGGUACUGCGCGUCGACGAAUUCAUCUCCGAGUGGAGACACCUGCUUCCGGACUCCUGGGCCAUGAACUGCGACAUGGCAGGACCGGUUUCAGCAUCCGUCGAUGGUGUCAGUGUGGCGCGGGACGACCAAGGUGUGCAAGUCCUGAGAUUCGCAUCUCCUUCCUCCGGCGUGGCGGGUAGCCUCGCAAAGGACGCGCAGGCCCAGAGCCAGAGCCAGAAGAAGCGGAAAUGGCACGAAAAGUUCGGGGCGCAGAGGACUGCCCCGGCGGUAAAGCGGUGA